CUACCUUCUGCCACAAAACUUCAUCUUUGGAGCGGAUGGAGGAGGAAGGCGGUGAUGAUGAGGAGGAUGAUGAAUUGGACAUCUUUGGGGGUUAUGACAACUUCAAGGGCUACAACAGCAGCGUGGGCAGUGACAGCAGCUCCUGUCUGGAUGAGUCCAGUGACGAUGAGGUGGCAGACCGGGAAGCUGGAGAGCUUCCGACCUCUCCUGCGCACCAGCAGUCCACAGGCCGGCUCACAGAGGACAGCGGCUCCGAGCCAGCUGUGUGCGAGAUGUGUGGGAUUGUGGGCACCAGGGAGGCUUUCUUCUCCAAGACCAAACGUUUCUGCAGCGUCUCCUGCUCCAGAAGCUACUCCUCAAACUCCAAGAAGGCCAGCAUCCUGGCCAGACUGCAGGGGAAACCACCAACGAAGAAAGCUAAAGUUCUGCACAAGGCAGCCUGGUCAGCCAAGAUUGGGGCCUUCCUCCAUUCGCAGGGCACGGGGCAGCUGGCAGAUGGGACACUGACAGGCCAGGAUGCACUCGUCCUGGGCUUUGACUGGGGAAAGUACCUGCAGGAGCAUGGCUUCAAGGCAGCUCCUGUCAGCUGCUUCAAACACGUGCCGCUCUUCGAUCAGUGGGAUGAUGUGGUGAAAGGUAUGAAAGUGGAAGUGCUGAACAGUGAUGCCGUGCUCCCCAGCCGUGUGUACUGGAUUGCGUCCGUCAUCCAGACUGUAGGGUACAGGGCCCUUCUGCGAUACGAGGGCUUUGAGAAUGAUGCUGGCCAUGACUUCUGGUGCAAUUUGGGCACAGUGGAUAUUCACCCCAUUGGCUGGUGUGCCAUCAACAGCAAAAUCCUGGUACCACCACAAACUAUCCAUGCCAAGUACACUGACUGGAGAAGUUACCUCAUGAAGAAACUGGUGGGAGCCAGGACCAUCCCAGUGGAUUUCCACAUCAAGAUGGCGGAGAGCAUGAAGUACCCAUUCCGGCAGGGCAUGCGGGUGGAGGUGGUGGAUAAGAACCGUGUGUCCCAGACGCGCAUGGCAGUGGUGGACACGGUGAUUGGGGGCAGACUGAGACUCCUCUAUGAGGAUGGCGACAGCGAUGAUGACUUCUGGUGCCACAUGUGGAGUCCCCUCAUCCAUCCUGUGGGCUGGUCACAGAGAGUGGGCCACAGCAUGAAGAAGACAGAAGAAAAACGCAGUGACAUGGCAAACCAUCCCACCUUCCGGAAGAUUUACUGUGAUACUGUCCCCUAUCUGUUCAAGAAGGUACGAGCUGUCUAUGCUGAAGGUGGAUGGUUUGAGGAAGGCAUGAAACUGGAGGCUAUUGACCCCCUGAAUCUGGGCAACAUUUGUGUGGCCACUGUUUGCAAGGUCCUCUUGGACGGGUAUCUCAUGAUCAGCAUUGAUGGAGCCACCUCUUCUGAUGGCUCUGACUGGUUCUGCUACCAUGCCUCCUCUCACGCCAUCUUCCCCGUCAACUUCUGUCAGAAGAAUAGCAUCGAACUGACCCCUCCAAAAGGGCAAGAUGCAAAGACCUUCCACUGGGAAAGUUACCUGGAAAAGACUAAAUCAAGAGCUGUUCCAGCACGGCUCUUCAACACAGACUGCCCAAACCACGGCUUCAAGGCAGGCAUGAAGGUGGAAGCAGUGGACCUGAUGGAACCCCGGCUCAUCUGCGUGGCCACGGUGAAGCGUGUAGUCCACCGUCUCCUUAGCAUCCAUUUUGAUGGCUGGGACAACGAGUAUGACCAGUGGGUGGACUGCGAGUCUCCAGACAUUUAUCCUGUGGGGUGGUGCGAGCUGACAGGCUACCAGCUUCAACCACCUGUUGUUCCAGGAAAAAAGUUACCUGCCAAAACCCGCAACAUCAAGCAGACUGUCAAGAAGCCUUCCACCCCGAAGAUGAAACGAGAAGCAAAAGCUGCCAGCAAGGCUUUGCCAGAGCCAGCGCCUGAUGAGAUCAUUGCCGUGCAGGUCAAAGAAGAAACUAUCGACCCCUCGGUAGCAGAGUUUGAAGCCACAGAGCUUCCCGUUCCUGUCAGCAGCAUAAAGCAGGAGGUCACAGACUGAUCCCGGAGUAUCCCCCAGCUGCCCACAGCAGCCUGUGCUUCACCUUGUAGCUCUUUGGGGAAGAUCCUGGCAAAGGGAAGCAGAAGACUAAAAGGGCCUUCCCUUUUUGGGGCAGACCACCCUGCAACAUCACAACUCUGCUUUCCUGGUGUGCAAGAA